CUUGGGGUUAGCGCGCGGGGACCCCGCAUGCACUGAUGCACUGUGGAGAUGAACAGCGGCCGAGGAGAAGAUUUCAGGCCCAUGGCGGAGAAACUCGUUCACUGUUAUAAUGGAGCCAAGAUCAGCCAAGGCGCGGAAGACACAUGAGUGAGGUCGAGGACCGACUAUAAAUUGCUCUGGAAGACGUCUCGUUGCGAGAUAGGACGCUGUAAACCAGUCUGUGAUCAUUUCGGCGCCAUGAGGUCCUUCUCUGUUCUUCUUGCCCUCGCGGCUUCUCUGACUUCGGUGUCUGCUUCGGCUCUCAGCGAGAAUUCUGUCCCGGCUGGCGCUUCCGUACUGGUUCCUCGCUCGGAUUCACUGCUGCCCAGGAAGCCUCGAGAGAAAGACAACUGGGGCAACGCCGUUGCGCACGAUCGCAAGAAGAUCACCAUCCGUGCGUCUAAGAACGACACAGAUGACAUCAGUGACGACUUCCUCUGGGCGCUCAAGAAGGCGAACCACGGCGGUCUUGUGCACCUCAAGAAGAACCACAAGUAUGUCAUCGGCAAGAAGCUCGACCUCAGCUUCCUGAAAGAUGUAUACGUCAACAUCGAUGGAGAGCUCAAGUACACCAACGACAUCAAGUACUGGCAGGCCAACAACUUCUACUACCCUUUCCAGAAGAGCAUUACCUUUACAGUCUGGGGCGGAAAGGACGUCAAAAUCUACUCCGACUCAGGCACUGGCAUCAUCAACGGCAACGGUCAAGCCUGGUGGGAUGGCUUCUCAGGUGCUGAGAUCCUAGACCCAAACAACAAGUUCUACCGCCCCAUCCUCUUCCUGACGGACAAUGCGACUAACAUCGAAAUCUCGGGUCUGCACCUCAAAGACUCUCCCUGCUGGACUACGUUCCUCGUGCGGACCAAGAACGUCGUCUUCGACAACAUCUAUAUCGACGCCGUGAGCACCAACGCCUCGUCGCUGCCCAAGAACACCGACGGCUUCGACUCGCUCAACGUCGACGGGCUGACAGUGACAAACACCCGCGUCAAUGUGGGCGACGACUGCUUCUCACCCAAGCCCAACACAACCAACAUCUUCGUCAAGAACCUGUGGUGUAACGGCACCCACGGCGUCUCCAUGGGCUCCAUCGGCCAGUACCCCGGGGUGAAGGAUUACAUCAGCAACGCCUGGCUGGAGAACAUCACGCUGCUCAACGGCCAGAACGGCGCGCGCCUCAAGGCCUGGGCCGGCCCGGACGUGGGCUACGGCUACAUCGACAACAUCACGUACAAGGAUAUCAUCAUUGAGAACACGGAUGCGCCCGUGGUGCUGGACCAGUGCUACUUCAACAUCAACUCGACCGCGUGUGCGCAGUACCCGAGCAAGGUCAACAUCACUAACGUCAACUUCAUCAAUAUCUCCGGCAGCUCGAGCGGGAAGAACGGCAGGGUUGUUGCGGAUCUGACGUGCAGUCCCGGCGCGACGUGCAAUGGGAUUCAUCUCGAGAACAUCAAUAUCACGAGUCCUGCGGGCUCGCCGUCGCAGAUUGUGUGCGAGAAUAUCCAGGGCGAUAUCGGCGUUGAUUGUAUCCCAGCGAGCGAGGCGGACGAUUAGACGAAGACGUAAGCGGGAUAGUAGAAAGUAUGGUAUCAAAUGCAAU